GCAUCGUGUUUUAAUCCUUCAAUAUUACUUCCAGGAAAAGGUAACCCAUUUAUCGCGACAAAAUUUCAUUUCGUGUUGUCUCAUCUCUCAAGUUGGGCUUCAUUUCGCCAAAUUGUCUCGAUUUGUUCGGACGGAUAUUAGCAAUUUGUGGCUGGAAGGUCAGAUUUUCAGCAAAUAUGGGAAACUCUAAAAUAUUACUACUUUUCGGCACAGUUUUAAGUUUGUUAUUUCUCUUGAUAAUAUUACAAACACCGACAGCCAACGCGGUUAACCCAUCGUAUACAACAGAUACAAAUCAAGCAACUUCGUCAUCCCAAUAUUCCACCGCAGCUAAAAAUCAUCCCCUCGACCCAUUGUCCCCUACGGAAAUCGCGUUAGCGUCCAAACUAAUCCGAUCAUAUUUUGUCUCGUCCCACCCCGUGCUCUAUUUUUCCACCGUGACGCUAAAAGAACCCGCGAAAUCUCUCCUGUUAAACGCCUUUCUGGACGAUGCUACUCCUCCCCAUUUCAUCACGCGACACGCCUUCGCCAACGUGAUGGACCCCGUGACUGAGACAGGAUACGAGGUCGUGGUCGACUUAACGCGAAAAAAGGUCACUUCCGUGGUCAAACUUGACCCUGGAACGCAGCCAAUGUACGCGAUCGAUGAAGAUCCGGACAUUAACGCGGUCCUUUUGGCGGACCCGCAGGUCCAGUUGAGAUUGGCGGCUAUAGGAUUGACCAACUUGUCCAUGGUCGCUCCGCUCUACUGGGAUUUCGGGUACCUCGGCGAUCGUCCCGAAUAUCUUGAGAAACGGGUUGUCCAGGUCUUCUUCAGUUUUCAAAACGUCCGAAACGAUAACCACUAUGCACACCCCCUCGGAUUCGUCGCCAUCGUUGAUAUACUAGCUAAGACCAUGCUUGCGAUUGAAGACCUUCCUACAACUCUUGGCUUCCAACCUAGCUCGGCACCUUUCGGCGACACGUCGGCGCCCUUCAUGAUGGCCAAUUAUGACCCCACCCUCCUUCCCGCCGACUCUUUCCGCAAAAACCUCCGCCCCACGACGGUCAGCCAGAGUGGCGGGCCAUCCUACAAAGUCAACGGGUAUCAAGUCGAAUGGCAAAAGUGGAAGUUCAGAGUCGGAUUCAACUCCCGCGAAGGUCUCGUCCUCCACAACAUAAACUAUAAUGACAAAGGUCACGUGCGACCGCUGAUAUAUCGCGCCGCCUUAUCUGAGCUCUUCGUCGCUUAUGGCGACCCGCGACCACCAUUCCAUCGAAAAAUGGCUUUCGACGCCGGUCAGUACGGCGUUGGUCAAUCUACGCAUCAAAUCCGCCCCACGGCUGAUUGUAAGGCAGGCUCGAUCCACUUUUUCGACAUGACCGUGUCCAACAAAGCCGGCCUCCCGGUCACCAUUCCCGCCGCCGUUUGCAUGUACGAGGACGACAUAGGUCCACUUAUGAAGAAAUAUAACCCACGCGAUCGGCGCGCUUACGUCGUGCGUAAUCAGCGCCUCGUCAUCAGCUUCACGUCCGGCCUCGGAAACUAUGACUACGAGUGGAAGUGGAUUUUUCAUCUCGACGCGUCCAUCCGGAUGGAAGUUAACCUUCACGGAAUUGAUAAUCCGACCUUCGUUUCGAACUUGGGGACUGAUCGGCCAGAAACGCCCAUCCAUGGCACCUUGCUCACCCACACGCCCGGAAUUUUGGCGCAGAAUCAUCAACACUUUUUCGCAGUUAGGAUUGAUACGGAGAUCGAUGGGAAUGAGAACAGUGUCGCGAUGGUGGACGUGGUUCCGGAUGGUCCGACUGGAUCACCGCAAAAUCCGUACGGAAACGGAUUUCGUGCCGUCAACACCUUGUUAAAGACAUCUUCUCAAGCUCACGCCUGCGCAAAUCAAGAGCGCGCGCGAUCCUGGCACAUUUACGGGAACUUGUCGCGACUCCACCCCUUUUCCCAUACCCCAAUGGGAUACCGUCUCGUCGCAGAAAAUCCGAUCUACCUCAUGAUGCAAAGGGACAGUCCGAUCCAUCCGAAAUGCGGCUUCGUCGACCACACGGUGUGGGUUACGCCGUACGCGGAAGAUCAGUUGUUCGCGGGUGGGGUGUAUCUAAACAAUUCCGGUCUUCCUGCCUGGGUCGCGGCCGCGCCAAAUGCAAGCCUCGUCGAGACUGAUCUAGUUUUAUGGCACGUGUUCGGACUUACCCACAUCCCGCGGGUGGAGGACUUUUCUGUCAUGUCGACAGAGUCUGCAGGAUUUUGGUUGAAGCCGGUCAACUUUUUCUUAGAAAACCCAGCCCUGGAUGUCCCUUCUUUCCUCCAUAUUCAAUCUUAGCAAAGUACUAAAUACAAUUAUAUAUUACAUUACAGCAAAUCACAAAUUUUGCUAUAUUUGUAAUAAAGCGAACAUUGCUAAUUAUUUCGGCAAAGUCCUAAUCCAGUUGGUACAUACAUAUUUCUUUACCUAUAUGUUUUCGAGACACAUUUAGCAACGAUUUUAGUGUGCACUGUGUAAUCAAUACCUCGUUUAGCAAGCGUUCUAAGAAAUUGUUACAAUUAAGUAAAAAAAAACGUUAAUGGAUAUCCUGUAAAAAAUCUACGAGAGACUUGUAUGCAGCAUUGUCGAAACACUAAUGUUGGAAGAGGUAUUUUGGAAACUACAUUAGAAAUGUUUAUGUAAUAUGUACCAGAGAUUUUUUUACACCUUACACAAUCCACAGUUUUAUUUGAACACUUUUAAUUUAUUUUAAGUAAUUAACCAAUUAAUAUGAGCAAUAUUUAAAAAUCCUGUUUGCAUACGGAAACAAAUUGUAUUGCGCGAGAACUAUUACAAAAAUAGAUCUACCAUAACCGGUUAACAAAAUAUUUUGAGAUUUUCAUAAAUUAUUCAUGUGAAAUUGACGAUAAAAUUUUUAGAAUAAAAUAUUGACCAAAUAUUACGGUCAUCAUCCUC